UAAAAUUCUCCGCCUCUCAUACACCCUUAUUUAAGUUGUUUCUUUCCCAGACACUUUAUUGCUUGAUUAUUGAGUCACUGAGGGAAGUAUUGCGGAAUCUUCCUAUGUCUCUUUAAUAUAUUAAGCCACUUUUAACUACUAAAGAUUAUUACCCUAACACUUCUUUGAUUCUUUAAUUCCUAGUAUCUAACCUAGUCACUUGGGAGUCAAUCAGAACAAAUUCAGAGAAAGAACUAACAAGCUCCUUUCAGUUCUCACCUGUUACAGCGCUGCAUCGGCUUCUGUGUACACAGAACAGAACCGGUGACGUCACCUGCCUUGAACUUCCUCCUCAGUGAACAGCGCGCCAGACAACACGGACACAAACAGUUUGUGGAAGGAUUCUCCUUCGCCAUAUCCCAUUCCGUUUCAGCUACAAGCUUCUAAAUAAGGUUUAAAUUGGCUCUACAAUAAUGGAAGAUAUUACAAAUUUGGACAGCUCUUAUAAAGAAAUGAACUUAUCAUUGUUGGAAGAUUCUUUAAUUACUGAAGAUAAAUGUAUGAAAGUAGAUAAUGAACCAGAUGAUGAAUACUCAGGGGAUGAACUUGAACAUGCAAAUGGUUCUGAUGUGCUGAGUGACACGGACAGUGAAUUCUCCUGGGCGAGUGAAGCAAAUUGUUUAGAUCUUGAACAAUCAAGUAAAGGUACCAACAACCUUAACAAAGUUCAGAUUUUUCGUAUGCGACAUAAAUUAAACCAGCUGGACGGCAUUCAGAAGGAAAAAGAAUUACUGAUUCUGAAGAUUAGGGAAGAACUGAAUGCAUGUCGGCAAAGGAUUGAGGAUUUAGAACAACAAAAAUCUAACAUAGAAAAAGAAAUCUUGGCAGCGCAAGAGGCUAACAAUACUGCAGCUGUGUUCCGUUUCCAGGCCGUGCAUAGACGUCUCUCUACUGAGCUGGUGAAUGAGGAAGAUGUUGAGUCUAAAAUAGCUACGAUGCUGAAAGAAAAUGAGUAUGAUCUAUGGCAAAUUGAGGUUGAGCAGGGAAAAUUUGACGAUGUACGUGAAAGGCUUCAAAAAGAUGAAGAUGAAUUAAAUAGAGAGACCCAAGGCAUGGCAGAGUGGCGAAUGCACAAAGAGAAGAUGUCACUAACGCUAGCACAGCGCACAAAUUGGAAGCAGAAAAAGAGUGAAAUAAAUAGGCUUCAGGAACAAGAACUUCGGUAUCGGAAAGCUGUGGAAGAUGCACAGAAGAAUCAGGCAAUAGCUGCACUACAUCUAAAGGAAACAUUAUCAAGAGUCCGUGAGAAAGAAGCAGAGAAAGAAAUGAAGACCAGAGAAGAAAUGGAGAAGCGAAUGCAGGCGGUCCUAAAUUUAAAACAUAGCAUCACUUCAAAUAGGGAAAACCUAAGUGUUAUUGAGGCUCGGAAUAAAGCAAAAAUGGAAACUGCAAAGAAGAAAGAAAUGUUGGAAAAAGAGGCAAUAGUUGCACAAGGUGGAGAUGUUACUAAGUUUAUGAUCCAUCAGAAAAGGCUUCAAGAGUUUGAAAGAAAAAAACAGGAUUUAGAAGAGAGACAGAAAAUAAGAAAACAGGAAAUUAUUAGUCGCAUUUUACAAGAGGAAGCUAACCAAGAAAAACAGACAAAAAGGUCGUCUUCAUUAGACAUCCAUAAGAGCCGAGAACCCAGCAAACUCCGAAACAAAACAAUACAGUACAUAGAGUCAAAUGUUUUUUCAGAAGCAGAGCAUGAGGUUAUUAACAAAUGGCGAUCCCCUUCACCUUUGUCCUCUGAUGAGGAUGACACCACGACUACGGAGCAAAGCUCUGAGCUGAUAUCUAAUCAAAGCCAUGAAGACGAAGAAGAAAAUGAGAUUCUUUCUCAACCAGAAUUUAUGGGUUUGUGGAACAAAGACUAUAAACCUUACAAGGUCCCAGAAGAGGAAACUGAAUGUAAACCGCUGAGAGGCAGUAAAAUGGAAAAGGAAAUUAUGGCUGAGACUUUGAGAAAGCUCCGUAGUGGGAUUGUUGAAAAACAAGUGGUCUCAGGUCACGAAUUCAAAGGAUGUCCGUUUUAUAGCAAACCCAGUCUCAUACAUUUUAAGGACUUUGACGUUGGGAAAACAUACAAGAAAAAAAUGAUUUUGACCAAUGCAUCAUAUACAAUUAAUUUUUGCAAACUGAUGGGGGUCAGUGAUCAUCUGAAGGAUUUUAUCACCAUUCAUUUUUACCCGCCUGGCCAAAUGUCUGCUGGUAUGUCAUGUGAUCUGACUGUGAUAUUUAAGCCAAUGCUGAAUGAGGACCUUGAAGGGGAAGUUAUGUUCUUGGCUCAGACUGGUUCAUUUUCUAUUCCUUUAAAAUGUUCAACCAAGAAAUGCGAGCUGACUGUAGACAAAGAGAACAUUGACUUUGGAACUCAUGUGAUCGGGGAGACUGUGCUUCAGACUAUCACUCUCACAAAUCGAGGGGCCCUGGGAACAAAGUUUUACAUCCGAGAAUUAUCACAAGCUAAUCUCAACCAAAAUCCAGAAGAAAAAACAUCUUUGGAAGAAGCAACAUCUCCAGCUUUGAAUGUCCAUAUAACUAAAGAGAAAGACUCUGACACCUCAGUAGAAUCAAGAGCUGAAGAACAAGGGGAGACAGGCGCAUCAAGGCAAAGUGAGCGUGCUAGUGAAGAUGCAGACCUUGCAGGUGACAAGACGGAUGCAAAAAGUGCUGCAGGGAAAGAAGAUUCAGACAUAGAGCUUGUUACUGAAGAUGCUGUCACACUUGUAGAAGACACAAUAGAGGAUGGAGAUCUACAGGAUCACAUUGAAGAGGAUUAUAUAGAAAUCAAGUUGGGGGAAAUAACAGAAGGGGAAAUUGGACCUUUAAAAACUGUGAAAAUUCCAGUUAUUUUCACUCCAACAUUUCCUGGAAAAGCACAUAUUUUAUUUGAGAUAACAUUUGAUAAUUCCAGUUGUAAAGCUAUUUGUAUAACAGUUACUGGAACUGCCAUAGAUGUACCAGUCUAUAUACCCAACUCAAAUAUUGAUCUGAAGAUUUGUACAUAUGAUCGAUUGUAUCAGGACAGUGUUAUUGUUAAAAACAGAGCAAAAACUGCCCUACGUUUAAAGUUUGAAGUAUGCAAAGAGCUUAAAAAUCACAUGGAACUUCUUCCAAAAACAGGUUUUAUUCAAGCACAGUCUUCCUUCAGUGUGCAGCUUAAGUUCUUACCAAGAAUUUCACUUUCACAAGAUGCCGGUCCAUAUUUUGAUAAUAUCACUGGAGUAUUGGAGGUGCCAAUGAUGGUGUCUGUGGCUGAUCAGGCUCGACCUGUCCCUUUCACUGUUCAUGCUGUCAUUACCACGUCUGAUCUGGAAAUCAACCCAGUUGAUGUAGAUUUUGGAUACUGUACAAUAUUUGAAGCUGUUUUAACUCCUAUUCAAUUAACAAAUAAAUCAAUCCUUCCUCAAGAGUUUGGUUUUGUGGGGAUUCCAGAGUAUGUGGACAUUCAGCCCAACGAUGGCUUUGGAACUUUACUUCCUCUGGAGACAGUGAAGAUUGAUAUUAUAUUCAGAGCUGAAAAGGCAAAAGAAUAUCAUUUUGAACUCACCUGCAAGUCUGCUAUUAACAGAAUAUUCAAGGUCGCUUGCAAAGCCAUCGGUGUCCAUCCACCCCUUGAGUUAUCUCACUCCUUGGUACAGUUUCCUGCAACAGCUUUAAAUGACGCAUCCACUGCAACGUUGCACGUUAAAAACUCGCACACCAGUCGCAAUGAGUUUACACAUGCUGUCCCAAGGAUUGGCAAGUCUGACAUUGCUCCAGUUGGACCAACAUCUUUUGAGUUCCAUAUGCCAGAAGAUUGUCCUAUCACCAUCUCCCCUUCAGUUGGGACUGUUUUGCCAGGGGAGAGAGGCUUGAUUCAAGUAUCCUUCAGACCAACUCUUUCAGAUAAAGAAAUCAGAGAAGAGGCCCUUAGGAUUCUCUGUCGAGCUGCUGAAAAUAAAGUAGCUCUGGAAAAAGAGGCAGCAUCAAAAAAAGAAAGUGAAAUACAGAGUAAGAAAGAAAAAAAUGAUGUUCCAGCAAAGAAAGAGAAGAGAAAGCAAGUUGUAUCCCCCAAGCAAUCCCAAAAGGAAAAGGAUGCAAAUCUUAUGGAGCCUGUUACAAUCGAGCUUCCUAAAUUAGAAGAGAUUAAACUGGACUCAGAUGAAUACUCUGCUGCACGGAUAGCUAUUUACCGAAGAUUUAUUGGCAAAUUUAAGAAGUUUAUUAUCCCUUGCUUUAUUGCCAGCUGUGACAUCAGUAGGCAGAAAGACCACGACAAUUUAAACUUCAGCCCUCACAACACCUUAUACCUGGAGCUACAUUGUCCCGCUGUAGCGCCUCCUGUUAUUGUCAUCUCUGAGAAUGGAAGACAGCUUAUUUGCUUUGGAGAAGUUGCAACAGGUCAGAGAGUGGUAAAAAGAGUUACACUACAAAACAUUUCACCAGAGCCUUUGCACCUUGGUUUUUCUAUAUUGAAUCCAUGUGGCCCUUUCAUGUUGCUGAAUCCUGUGGAUGUUGUCCAACCUGGAGACACUUGCUUUCUCCUUAUUGCGUUUUCACCUGAUGAGAAUAAUGCCUUCUUUGAAAAUCUGGAAGUUCGGGUCUGCAAUCAAACCUUGACGCUUGGACUUAGAGGUCAGGGCUUGACGCCAUCUUUGUCCUGCUCAUUGGAAGGAGGUGUCAUAGACAUGGGAUAUGUUUUGGUUAAUGACAUUACCACAACAACUUUUAAGUUGCAGAACAUGGCUACAGUUCCAGUGACCUAUUCUCUGAAACUGGAAAGUCUUUCUGUUACCAGACACAAUGACUUACAGAAACUUCCCAGCUUUAUCUGCUCUAAGGAGAAAUCUUUAGUUGGCCCUCAGAAUUACAAUGGCUUUAGCGUUUUUAGUGUUUCUCCUGUAGAGGGCACUAUUGAUCCAGAGAAGUCUCAUGAAUUCACUGUAACGUUCAGUCCUGAUCAUGAAAGUUCAUAUUACUGUGAUACCCUAAAGGUGGAACUCUUUGGCAAGCAUACAGCACAUGUUAUCCAGCUGAAAGGCGCGUGUAGGAAUCACAUGAUGUAUGUGGAGGGUGGAGAACCUUUGGAUGUUCCAGUAGAGUCCACAAAUGAAGGAGAUGAACCAGUGAAGUCACUUCUUCUAACUCUACAAUGUAAUGAGACUGAAACGGAUCCAAAACCAGCUGUCAGGGAACUACAUAUUGGCUGCAUCCGUUCAACCCUUCUACCUGCAAGAAAGAAUAUAGAAUUCUCCUGGGAAAAUGUGCAGCUUCUACUACAGAAGGGGUUCACAAUUGAACCUGUGAAAGCAGUGGUCGAUCUGGGACAACGAAAGACUGUAUUAGUGUCUUGGGUUCCACCAGCUGGAUAUGAUCCACGUAAUCCUGUGACCACUUCCUGCAGACUUAUUGUGAAAGGUGAUAUCACUGAGCAGUACCAGGUUUUCUUUACCACGCAAGUUGUCUCUGCACAAGAUGAUUCUACAACAAAUUAAAAAAAAAGCUGUAAUUGAGCCAUUUAUAUGGGAAACUAUCUCCAUUAUACGAUGUAAAUCAGCCAAUGAAAAUAAACAUUUUAUAUUGACCAAAAUAUUAAAAAAAACACUUUCGGUUGUCGACCUUGAUAAUAGAAUUGUGCAUCUACCACAUGUUUUAAAGGGAUAGGAAAAAAAAAUUAAACCUGCAUGAUUCAGAUAGAGAAUUCCAUUUUAAGACACUUUUAAAUUCACUUCUAUCUUUAAAUGUGCUUCGUUCUCUUAGUAUCCCUUGUUAAAAAAUGAAUACGCACAUAUCAUACACUAGUGGGAGCUGCUGCUGAUUGGUGCCUGCACACAUUUGUCUCUUGUGAUUGGCUGACUAGAUGUUUUCCGCUAGCUGACAGUAGUGGAAUGUUGUCCCUUCAGCAAUGGAUAACAAGAGAAUGAAACAAAUUUGAUAAUAGAAGUAAAUUGGAAAGUUGUUUAAAAUUGUAUAUUCUAUCUGAAUCCUAAAAUAAAUUUUGGGGGUUUACUAUCCCUUUAAAUAUACUGUAAUAUUCAUACAAGUAAAGUUUCAACAGAAUUAAAACCCUGGCACUAGGCCUAGUACAUAUGCACGGCACACCUCUAAUUUAAACAAAACUUAUUUAUGCCAUAGCAAUUACUAAAGAAAUAAUGACAAAAUGUGUGUUUGUUAUAUUUAAAUAAAGUUUGAUUAAGAAAA